AUGAGCGGCGCUGCCAGCGCCGAAGAGGAGGAGUUUGUCGGUGUCCGGGACAGGCUCCUCUUUUCAGGUGGCCGGACCAACUACAAUUAUUCUGUUGGCAAGAUUCCCUGCUCCGAAGCGGGGGAGAGUGCUGCUUUGAUUGCGAUUGCUGAACUAGGUGGUCGGUUGAUUGUAGCUGUACCUGUGGAAGCAUGGUCUCGAAAGAUAGCAUCCAGGAAGCUGUCAAAGAUCGCGUUAGGAAAACCUAUCCUUGUGGAAGCCAUCGGCGCCUUUCCGGAGAACAUGACGGUCCCUGCCCCCGAGGUGACAAUCAAGUUGUGGGUCGGGGUGCUUGCGAUGGAGCUGGAGAGCCAGGUCGAGUACGAGGCCGGGGCGGAGGCCGCGAAGUACCUCUUCAACCCUCAGGUGCUCCCCUUCGCCGAGGCUUUGGUGAAAAUCGCCGACGAGCACUUCGCAUUUACAACUGCCGAGUCCGGCGGGGAGGGGAUGUUCAAGAGAAUGUCGGCAGUGGAGAAUGGGCUGCAGGAGCUGAAAAGCAUGCUGCAGGCGUUGAACCUUGGAAAGGACGGGACAGCUGCGCCAGAUGGAGUGGAUCCUUUGCGAGCUGCCCGGCCCAAGACCAAGGCCUGGACUCCUCCAUGGUGGGAGGCUGAAGAAGCCGAAGACCCGGGCGGCUUGGCCCGAGUGCUGGUGGAGGAUCUCGAGCAGGAGGACCUGGACGACGGGGCCGACGGCUUUGGCGGAGCGGAGGCCUGGGCCAACCCGGAGGGAUCCAACAUGGAGGCUUUGUUGGACGGCGGAUCUGGGUCGGCUUCUUCCGAAGGGCAAGGCAUUGGAUCAGGAAGGCGGAGCGCCGCUGCGCUUCGGAUGCUCACCAAGGCCUACGAGGAAAAUCGCCAGCUUAUCUACCAGACGAUCGAGAGACAGAUGCAGCUGGAUUUCCAGGUUUCCCCGCAGCGCCCAGGAAUGCCCGAUUCCUCCGGCGGUCAUGGUACAGCACGAGGGUGGCUGACCGCAAAAUCGCGAGUUGGAAACUUUCACACCCACAUCCGCUGGGUGUGGAUGAUGGCGGGGGUGUGGGACGAUCUACGACGAGGAGAUCACGAGCAUGCCCGAGCCAGGGCGGCACUUAUGGUCGCGGCGGCGGAUCAGGAGUUCUCCCGGCACACUGUCCCCCAGCCUUCGGAGAGUCAAGCCAGUGCUUUGUACGACCUCCGUUGGACAGAAGUUUUUCUGCAAGUGCUUCGAGACCGGGAAAGCUUCAACGAGGCAAAGUCGAAGCUGGCCCUUUGGAGAAGCAGAGCAGCGCUCAGCGGGAAGACGCGCCGGACGAUUGUGCGGGGCAUGUUGCUGGUUUGGGCCGACCCGAGCCGCUACGUGAUCCUCGUGCUCCUGUUCGGCACGUUCCUGGUGCGGGUGCGGGUGCUGGUGAUGUGUCGUGGCGACUUUUCUCCAAAGCAGUGCCGGGCCAUCUGGCCUAUGCCCCUGCCCUACGAAAUCCCUGCCAAGUCUGAGAUCUACAAGCUCGCUGGGGGCGACCUGAAGAAGGCCGUCGUUAGCUUGAUUGUCAUCGUGUUAAACUUUCUCGACUUGGGCUCCCCUCCCCGGGCUCCUGAUGCCUGUCUUCCUGGAGGAGACCUUCACAGUGAUCAGUGGGAGCAAGUUCGGAGGCUCGAGAGUUUCCUCGACGCCUGGUUGAUGCUGGGCGUCCUUGGGCCCGAGGACAUGGGGCGCACUGCUGGCAAAGUUGAGGACCUGGAGACGCUACUCGGCGAUUUGAGCAAGUUCUCCGACCUGGCUCGUGAUCAUCAGCCUUUUGAGGCCAGCCCGGUCAUAGCAAAGCUCCGACGACCUCAUAGCGGGGCUUACAAGGAAGUGGAAGCGAAUCGGCUUCAAUUCCGUGGCUUUCCCGAUUUCGAUCCCAGAGCAUAUCUUGACCCCGUCAGCAAAAAGAUCUACGACGAACCUUUCAGUACCUCCUUGCAACCUGAGCAUUUCGAGGGAAAGCUGCCACAUGUUCGAAUCCAUUGCAGCCGCGCCGAGAGACUCCAGCUGUUCACGCUUUUGGACAAAAGCAAGCGCAUCAGACUGUUCAGGCGUUGCGACGUGAGGGCGCAGUUCGGUGCUGGAGUGUUCGCAGUUCUGAAGUCUCUUGAACUUGAUCGGCUCAUACUUGAUUCUCGCCCUCACAACUUGUUGGAGACUCCUCCAGGACGCUUCAUCCAAAGCUUGGGGGCCGGCGAGCUCCUCACCAGGUUCAGCUUGGAGCCCAACGAGGCCCUCUUUGCCUCGACCAAUGACAUUAGAGGACUUCUACCAUCUGUUCAAAGUGGAUGGAUGUUCGGCGAAUCCGAGCUCUAUGUCUCCCUCGCCUGUUUGGCUAUGGGUGACACCCAGGCCGUGGAGCUGGCGCAAUCAUGCCAUUUGGGUUUGUGCUUGCAGCAGCAGAUUGUGGAUGAGGGUUCGCUGUUGGCUAUGUGCCUACCUGUCCCUAGGACUAGGACUCCCACGGCCGUCGGCAUCGUCAUUGAUGACUUCGUCGCUUUAUCAAAGGGGCGAAGGCCGGGCUUGAGAGAUGAGACUGGUGCGAAGCCGGACGGCGAGCCCACUUUAGGAGCCCAAUUAGCGGACGUUGCGCAGAGAGCUUAUCGGGACGUACAUCUUAUACCUCACGAAGCAAAAGCUGUGAGAGAUCAAUUGCAGGCUGAAUUUUGGGGGCUACAACUUGACGGAGACCGAGGCUUCGUGCGGGGAUCACUUCGCAGAGCAGCCCCUCUCUUGAAGAUCAUUGUUCUUGCGCUCCAGUUAGGUGUCGUCAGUGUUUCGCUGCUCGAGGUUAUAGCUGGUGGGCUCAUUGCUUUGUUCACUUUUCGGAGAAGGCUGAUGUCAUUGCUGGAAGAGAUCUUUGAGGUGAUGCGUGGAAGAGCGCAGAGUGCUGUGUUGGCAAUUGGGCAAAAGUUGAGAGACGAGCUCCUUCUCAUAGCGGUGUUGCUGCCCUGUGCAGUGACCGAUAUCAGAGCUGAGUUCGCGCCCGAGGUUUAUGCAGUCGAUGCUUCCAUGUGGGGCGAAGCUGUUUGCAGUACUACAACGAGCAGCGAGUUCGUGAAGGAGCUCUCGAGGCACUGCCUUUCGAAGGGAGUGUGGACCAGACUGCUUUCACCUCUCAAGGCUCGGGCGAGAUGCUUUGGCGAUUUGGAGACUUCGGAAGAAUUGCCUGGUGGCGAGCGUGAUGCUUUUCGUUCGCACCCGCUGUGGACCAAGCUUGCUACCACCCUGCAUUACAGACUCAGGUGGAAGACUUGA